AUGGCAAUAAGCUUCUUUGAUCAAUUUAUAUCCCCAGUUUACUUAGGGAUCCCCCUCAUGGCAUUAGCCUUAACGCUCCCUUGAGUUCUAUUCCCGACCCCUUCAGCCCGAUGAUUAAACAACCGCGUACUAACCCUCCAGGGAUGGUUUAUUAAUCGGUUUACACAGCAACUUCUUCUGCCUUUAAACCCAGGAGGCCAUAAAUGAGCCGCCCUGUUAGCCUCCUUAAUGGUCUUCUUAAUUUCCCUUAACAUGCUAGGCCUCCUCCCCUACACUUUUACCCCUACUACGCAACUAUCCCUCAAUAUGGGCCUAGCCGUCCCCCUCUGACUGGCAACAGUAAUUAUCGGAAUGCGUAACCAGCCAACCCACGCCCUAGGUCAUCUCCUCCCUGAAGGAACACCACCACUACUAAUCCCCGUCCUAAUUAUCAUCGAGACAAUUAGCCUAUUCAUCCGGCCUCUAGCCCUCGGAGUCCGACUAACAGCUAAUUUAACAGCAGGACAUCUCCUCAUCCAACUGAUUGCCACAGCGGCAUUCGUUCUUCUUCCCCUAAUACCCACUGUGGCGGUCCUAACAGCCGUUGUCCUCUUCCUGCUUACCCUCCUGGAGGUUGCCGUAGCAAUAAUUCAAGCCUACGUCUUCGUUCUCCUAUUAAGCCUCUACUUACAAGAAAACGUUUAA